AAUUAGACCAUAAACAGCAUAAAGCUGACCACAAGUUCCCUGAAGCAUGGUUUUGCAUGGUUGUACUUAGGAAUGAGUUGGGUAUCUGAACCCAAACUCAACCUAUUAGGUGUACCAAUUAAAAAAAACUCGAAAAAUAUCCUUUAGAUUUUAGAAGAGCAAAUUCAACCCCACCAACUAGUACCUACGGUGUACUGUCAUAAAAAAAAGGCACCUUGGUGCACCAAUUAAUAAAAAAAACUCGAAAAAUAUCCUAUAGAUUUUAGAAGAGCAAAUUCAACCCCACCAACGAGUACCUACGGUGUUCUGUUAUAAAAAAAAGGCACCUACGGUGCAUAGGUAUUUAUGGGCUAACGAGCAUAACUGGACAUUAUUUCUCCGAAGACCCAUAUCGUAAUGAUAUAAAAUAUAUUCCUGUAAAUAUAUCUAUAAAGACUAAUAACAUACAUAAAUUAUCCAUAGUAUUUGAUUGAUAUUUACUGACAUAAAAACUAAUAGCAUUCAUAAAUUAUCCAUAUUGUUCAUGUUAGAUACAUACAUGACGUUGUUUUACUUUUUAGAUAAGAGUUGGAUGAAAAACGGGUAAAACUCAUACCCGAGCCAAAACCAAUCAAGAUUGAAUUUGACUCGCUUUGACUAAAUUGAUUACCUAAUGAAUUCGAGUUCGAUCUAAGAUGCAAGUGAGAUCAAUAAAAGAGAACGAUGAUGCUGCUUCCCCCUUCUUCUCUCAUGUCUUGUGUGUAUCGAAUAUCGUUAUAUCGACAUGUUUUACAUACACAAGUCGGUAAUGGUACAUAUCGGCUCAGCAAAAGCCCAGACUCCGAAACUGGCAAUUCAAAUCGAAUUCCGAAAUGGACCAAUAUCACUGAGGCCCAUCCUACCGAGGCUAUUGAGCCCAGUAAGCCCACGACAUCUAUCCGCGCUCAAUGACCCGGAUUUCUCUUAUCCGCCAUUGACAGUCGGCUGGGAGUUCGCCCAACACAGAAAUGGCGCUCUCCAACACUCUGUCGCUGAAACUUCCCCUGAAGCCACCUCUUCAUCCAUAUCCCUCCAAUCUCCAUUCCCCCUCCCUUCAUCUCCGAUUCAAAUCUCUACCAAUCCAUUCUUCUACCCUCUUCAGGUCCCGACUUCCCAAACCGCGAACUGGACUCCUCGCAAGGAGAGCAGUUGAAGAGAGCCGGGAGGAGCAAACGGAAUCGGAGCGAUUGAAUGAAUCCAGGACGGCGGCGGCGGAACCAUCGGCGACUCCGAGCGAGAAAGGCGGACAGGAGCAGAGCGAGUUGGGAGAAGAGAUAAGGAAGGCGAUGAUGGAGAGGAAGAAAGCCGAAGAAGGCGGUGGCGCCGGGAUUGGCGGGGAUCUGUUUAGCGGAGUGGCGGAGGAGAUUCGAGAGAUCGAAUGGCCGUCCUUCGGUAAAGUUUUGGGAACGACAGGCGUGGUACUGGGCGUCAUUGCUGGCUCCAGCGUCGUUUUGCUCACCGUCAAUGCCUUGCUUGCCGAGCUCUCCGAUAAGGCGUUCGCCGGUAGAGGCGUUCAGGAUUUCUUCAGUUAAGAAGAACGAAACACGAUUAUUAUUCUGUACUAUUCUGCUUCAUCAAGUCAUCAUCCAACCAUGUAAUUCAGAUUCCUAUUUAUACACAUUCAGUUUGAGGAUUUGGCGAUCAAUUGCAUCUACUUUGGUUGUUCCUUUCUGUAUCGGAAUCAAACUUGCAGCCUCCCAUUAGUAAUAAACGCAUACAAGUUUC